AUGAUUAAAAAGGACUUUAUUCCUAACAAAAUUCUUGCAACCAAUAAGAAUAAUGCUCAGCACAACGAGAUACAAACUAGACUCAAAGUGGCUGCAAAGACCAAUGCUCUUCAUUUGAACCAGUUGAAUAUUGAUGUUGUGAUCCCUGAAGUUUUUAAGAUGGUAAACUUAACGAGAUUGGAUUUAAGUUACAAUAACAUUGUUAAACUCAGUCCUAAAAUUGGGGAUCUAGAAAACCUUCAGCAAUUAUGGCUUAAUGAUAAUCCUCUCAGAGAAAUCCCCAUUGAAAUUUCUAAGUGCCAUAAAUUAAGGGAGAUGGAUUUAAAGAAUACAUUCAUAAUUUCUUUGCCUAGGGAGUUGGCCAAUCUAGCAUCCUUACUUUUUAUAAAUCUUGAUAACUGUCCAAUGAAAGACUCACUGACCUAAACAUACUAAAAUGGAAUGGUCUCAAUCCACUCCGAGUUAAGAAGGAAAGAGGACAGAAAGCUUUAUAAAGAAAAAAUAUUUGACACUAUGACUGAGUGGAUUUAUCCUUCUUAGUCUAAAGAAGACGUCUUUGACAAGCUUGAACUUCUCUUUGAGUCUCUUAAGGAUUGCAAUACUGAGAUGCUUAAAAAGCUUCAUCGUAAUUGCCAGAUGUUGUUCCCAGUUAAGUUUUAAGACAUUGAUCCAUCAGUCAUCAGAGAAAGGCUUUACAAGCUCUACCAUGAGGGCAUUGCGAGAGAAGAUAUUGCAAAGAUUGAGCUUAGAUUAAAAGGACAUUUCCUUGAUGACCCUCUAGAUGUCAUUGUCAGAUUGGCUACUGAUAUGUUCAAAUCUGUAGAAGAUUAGAACACAAUAGAUGAAUUCUUCAGAUACAAAUCCCAUGUCUUCAAUGAACCUUUGAGUAACUUGACUGCUCAAAAGCUUCUGCAAAAUCUUGGAGCUUACAAGGCCUUUAAAAGGUAAGAGAGAAUUGAAACUAUUGGUUACCUUAAGAGUUAAAUUGAUUUCCUUUAUGCUGAUGAGAAAAUAAAAGAGGAAAAACUGAAUGAGUAUACUGAUGGCUUGGUAAAAGAACUCAGCAGAACAUCUAUAAUUAUGGAAUUUGCAAAGAGACUAAGAACCUACAUGCCUAAAUAUAAUGAGCUUAAGCAUUUCAAUGCUAGCAAUAUUCCACUUAAAAAUGGAAGGAGUCUGCUUUCAAAGACUUAGCGAUAUUACGAAAGAAUGACAACUGAGGAGUAUUUGAUUAACACUAGAAAGUCAAUGACUAAUACAACCCUUCAAAAGGGAAAGCUUGAUCCUAUAGUUGAAGAUUAUGAUAAAAAGGCCAUUGAUAAUUUGAAUUAUCCACACCCAAUGACUUGGGAAGAAGCAGUAAUAAAUCUAGUUGUGUUUGAUAUGUUGCGAGCAAAUCAAAUUCAUAUGAAAUUGGACUACACAAAAGGAGUUUCCACCUAUGCUUAUCCUGAUCUAUAAGAUGAAAGAACUCAUGACAACCUAAAGGACAAAUUCAUAUAGGCUAUUACCGAUUAUGUUGUGUGUGACAGCUGGAGUCCUUACUAUGAAAUAAAUCAAAUUCUCUACAAAGCAUUGAUGGGUAAACAUAAAAUAGUUCUUGGAGAUAUGCCCGAAAUUCUCUUGAGAUAAAUUCUUGGUAAUAGUUUGAGUCUAGAUGAUGUGAAAGAUAUUUUCAAAUUUGUGUUGGAAUAAAUUUCAAAGACCAAAGCCCCUAUUACAAUGCAAACAGCAAGUUUAACUUACUUCUCCCACAUAUUUCUAAUGCCUAAAGAUUUAUAUAUGACAGCAAUGCUCAAGAAUGUAAUGCAGGCUGCUCAUUCAGGACUAGCUUUUGUGGGAAUGCCUCACUAUGCACCAGUUUAAUUCUACUGGAAACCUCCUCCACAAGGUAUUAACUUCUCAUAAGCAACAAGAAUUCCGAAAAGAAUUGAAAAUGAGACAGAUGAAAUGCUUAUUGAGAAAUAAGCGAUUUUGGAUGUGCUUUUAGACUCAAGAGUAUGGGGUGAAAAAUACAUAACAAAUCCCUUCCCAUAUAUAGAACCAGAUCUUACAAAAAUAAAAGAGUAAGAUUUAAAGCAUUAUAAGAAACAUUUCUAUGUAAGCUUAAAGAAGUAUCAGGCAUUUAGAGAUAGGGUAGUACAUCCAGAAGCUUAUCUUCAAAUCGAAGAACUAGAUAAAUCAGUUGCAAGGAUAGGUGAUAUCAAAAUGCUUCCAAAAAUUUGA